UUUCACUCAAGUGUGUCCUACUUCAAGUUCUCCGACUCUGAGCUUAAGUUUAAUUUUUCAGAAUGAUAUUUUAUAUUAUUUUAAUAACUGUAGCAGCAGGUUUAUCAGCUGCACAAGAGAAUCCUCUAAAAUGCUCAGGAUUAGAGUUCGUAACUUGCGCUUUUCUCGUGGAUCAGGAUAAAGUUGGAGGAACUGGUAUGGAAGAAAAUGAAGAACUCCUGGAUAGAAAAUGCGAGAAAGCGAAACCAAUUCUAAAAUGUCUGAACGAUUUUGCGGAAAACUGCCCUACUACAUCAUUGAACCAUAUUAUGCAGUUUUUCAAAGAUCAGUAUGCCACAAUAUCUAAAAUUUGCGACAAGAAUGAUGACCUUAGAAAGAGGUACUUAGCAAAUGCCAAAUGUUUAAAUAAACACAGAGGAAAGACGGAAAGUAAAUGUGGAGUUUUAUUAGAGUUUGAUGAAGCGGAAAGACUUACAAAGGAGCAUUGUGUAUCUCAAGAAAGAACUUUCAAAUGCACGUUUGAAGAAAGCCAAACAACUUGCGGUAAACAAGCUUUCUCUUUGUUAAACGAAAUCUUGUCACCAGUUACGAAGCUAUUGAAAACGAUCUGCAGUGAUUUCCAGUUCUUACACUUAAAUAUGUUACCGCAGUUCCAAAGUAUGUCUUUUGCUCUAUAUUAAGGAGAAGCAAACAUCCCAUAAUUGAAUAAAAGCAUAACAUUUCCUAA